UCACAAAAAAGAUAUCUACCUAUAUGUUAGUAAGCACAUUUUUUUAAAGAGUGUGUAGCAUUAUAUGAUUGCAGCCCUUCAUUUUUGCUUUAUAUUCAGUACCUGUAUUAUUAUCUCUUUGUUACAUUUAUAGCAUGCCAGUGUUUCGAAUAUGGAGCAGUAAUCGUAAAACAAGGAAGACGGUUGCAUGUGAGACAGAUAUAGACAGUCUUUUGCAAAAAGCAAAGGAUAAACUUUGUGUUGUCUCAAGAUCGGCCCGCCUUGUGUUGGAGGCUUGUGGAAGCCUCAUAGAAGACAAUGAAGUGUUAGAAGAAGUGAAAAAUGAAGUUUUACUCCUGUUAACUGAUGAUGAAGAGUAUUCACCAUCCAGCAGCAAGUUACUCGUACAUGGUGGUACUGCACACCAAGAACAAUACACAUCAACUGCUAGUACCAGUACUUCUGCUCCACAGCAAGGUGAACAGGACACACCAAUUGCCACUAGUUCUGCUGCACACCAAGGAGACACACUGGCAGACAUAAGCAACAAUUCAGCUUCUUCGGUUGAAGCUCCUGCAGGUGACAGUCCAGAUGCCACACCUCAACGGCCAUCUACUUUAAUAGCAGAUCCACCUCUGCCUGAACUGUCAGGGGCGACGAAAGCGAUGCUACUAGAGCCUACCUGUUCCCGAAAAGUGUGGCUACAGCUGAUUGAAGAGACAAAAAAUUAUUAUCUAAAGUUUUAUCCCUUGAUUGAAUCAAAUCCUAUGGGGACAUACAAAGCAAUUGGAAUGAAGAUGGUGUCUGCUUAUCCAUCCAUCAAGCGUGAAGGCUUGUUUCCAUGGAGUCAGUUUACUAGGGCCCUCAGUCAGAGCAUUCGAACUGAGCGUUAUAAACAGAAGAGAAAGAGCAUGCCUCAUGUACAACAUGCUCAUCCAGCCCCCAAAAGAUUUGCUUUGGGUAGGAAGCAGUUUACCACUAUAGAGAAUCAAGAACGUGAGCUGACCGAAGACGAAUUCGUGAGGCACACCAAAGAACUUUGCCAGGAAAUGAAAAAGAAAAAUCUUAACACUGAGCAUAUAAAUAUGCUUUUAACUGCUACAAUGGUGAACCGACAAAGUGGAUAUCAACACUUCCUGGUGGACUCAUCUCACCAAUAUUGA